CGUCUGCUAACUUAGUAAAUAGAAAAGCUCAAACGGAGCUUCUUUUGUUACGAUGUCGAAGUUAAUCGGACUUGACAAACUAGCUAAUUUUUGGAAAGUCGUUAAACAAAAUGGUGGACCCAUCGGCUGCGUCAAGAUGUUAUUCAGAACCGAUGAACUGAAGUUUGGCGAUCUAAUUGGUGAGGACAAAUUCGGGAACAAGUACUACGAGAACAACUACUACUUUUACGGACGCAACAGAUGGGUGAUUUACAGUCCAAAAGUUGGCUUAAACUAUGAUGCUUCCCAAGUUCCAGCUGAAUGGUUUGGAUGGCUGCACUACAAGACGGACCUCCCCCCGCACAAAGAUCCAAACAGGCCCAAGUACAAGUGGAUGGCCGAGCACACUCCUAAUUUGUCGGGAACGAACAAGGCAUACAUGCCCUAUUCCACUACAAAGCCAAAAAUCGAGGCCUGGCAGCCACCAGAGCCAUGAAUGUUUAUCGUAUGUGAGAUUCAGUGAUGUAGGUAUCUUGUACAGUUAUUUAUUUCCUUUGGUCAAAUAAAUUAACAACACUUUCAACGAUCCUGUAGAAAAGUAUAAAUAUAUAUUCUAUAUUACACAUAUUAAGUUAAGAGAAACACACGAUUGUACAUGAAAAUCAUGUUGAAAAGCAGUGAAAUAAAUAUAUCUUAGAGAUUCAACGUUUAAAUAAAA